AUGGAUGUCGAUCCUCUCGCCGAUACGGUCCCGCCCCGUCACGCAAUAGAAUCGGACGACGAAGACGAAUACAACCCACUGGAGACUCUUCACGGAAAGCCGAAAUCUUUUGACAUUAAACUUGCCGGAUUUUCUCCAUCGAAUGAACUCAUUGUCGCUACGGGCAGUGUAGCGGAAAUUUGGGCUCGUGGAGCUGAUCUUGGGGAACAGAUUGGCUCGGUUUUCGUUCACGAGCUCGAGGUAGGACUCCUAUUCCAACCCCGUUGGAUAGCAGCUCCCGUGGUGAUCUCAGAAGUUUCAACUCGUCUUCCACUGUGGGCAAUACGUCAAUAUGCGACAACUAUCCUUGAUUCAGUUCAACCUGAGCGACUCAUUCUUCUCGACGAAUACCCGGCCCCUGCUUACAUAUCAUCAUCACGAUUGGUCAAGGCGCCCAUUCGCUAUCUUUCCACAGACAAUUAUUUCUCCCCAGAAGCCCAACCAUUCGCCCCCCCAAAUUUGGUGCAAUCCGCUUCUGCUGCUUUUGUCGCGCAUCAAGCUGAGAGGUCGCGGCAUGCACGAUUGUUUCUCUUCCCCACUUCUUUUGUUGGUUCUCCUGCACCACGUGAUCUUGUUCCAAGUCACCGCCUAGUAUUGCAUGAAGAUGGUCUUGGGGUAUGGGACGACAUCUUGUUGACCACCGCCCACAAGUUGCUUUGCCAAUCUUUAAUGAACCCCGGGCCAAUUCAAGCAGUUUCAUCCUGGACUACGCCUCCGCCAAAGAAGCCAUCUGCAGCUCGUGCGCGACCUGUGGGAAGUGAAGCGGAAUAUUCAAUGUAUAUAUGA